AGAGUUAGAGUUAAAACACAUUCAAUGAAUAUGACAGAGUGUAUGAAUAGCUCGUAGUAGGCAUAUUCCACGAUGGAGACCUCCACGAUCCAUCAGGAAGAUGGAGGUAGGGGUGGAGGGAUUUUCUGCUGUAUUAGAGGUCAAUAUUUGCUCCAUUAAUUCGAUGCACUUUAUAAAUGUCGAUAAAGAAAUGUCGCGUCGGUGGAGGCCCGUUCGUCCUAUGUUCUCCUCCGGCCCUGAACGCCCCGUGACGCGCCGGACAGCUGCAUGUGGGCGGGGCUUCGUGUUGCUCAACAUGGCUGCGCCCUGCUCGGAUCAACAGGUCUGAAGGUGUCCAAUAUGUCCAGCCUGCAGAGUAUCAGUGAGCUCCUGCUCUCAUUGGACAGUCCAGAGCUGCAGGAGGCGGAGCAAGUCAGAGCAGCCAUCAAUCAGCAGCUAAGCACAGACCGAGGAGGUGCGGUCCUGUCCUCUCUGGUGGACUACUACCUGGACUCGUCCUCCCCUCAGGUGGUGCUCCUCCUCUCCUCCAUCAGAGAGCCUCAUCACAAGCCGCUGCUGGAGAAGCUGAACGAAGCUCUGAACAGACCUGGAUCCAGACUGACUGGUCUGACCCUGCUGGGUCACCUGGUCCGGAACCAGCCCCCCUGGGUCCAUCACAUCAGCCGCUCGGCUCUGCUGCCGUCGCUGCUGCGCUGCCUCAAGACGGACUCCGACGUGGUGGUCCUGGUCUCCGGGGUCCUGGUCCUCAUCACCCUGCUGCCCAUGAUCCCUCAGGCCGGGAAGCAGCACAUCUACGACUUCUUUGACGUGUUCGGACGCCUCGUUUCCUGGAGCUACAAGAACCCUGGUCAUGUGCUCGCGGUCCACAUGCUCCACCUCCAUGCGGCCGCGUAUUCUCUGUUCCACCGGCUCUACGGGAUGUUCCCCUGCAGCUUCAUCUCCUACCUGAGGCUCCACUACAGCAUGAAGGAGAACCUGGACGCCUUCCAGGAGGUCGUCAAGCCAAUGUUGGAACAUGUUAGGGUUCACCCAGAGUUGGUCACAGGGACUCAGGACUAUGAACUGGACCCAUCCAGGUGGAGGUGUCAUGAGGUCCAUGACAUCGUGAUCGAGUGCUCCAGAGUGUCUCUGGACCCUCUGGAGUCGUCCUGUGAGGAGGACAUGUACUCCUCCAUCAGAGACCCGCCCCCCUCCCCCCUCCCCCACCUCAACCUCACCUGCAGUCCUAUAAACACAGAGAGUGUUAGCAGCUCAGGUUGGUCAGUUUGCUCUCAGCUACUCUCUGAAGGUCUGAACAGCUCCUACAUCCAGGCUGAUGUCACAUGGAGUCCCUCAUCACAAUGUGGUUUAUCGACGCCCCCUCCUGAACCUGCUGCUACAGGCUCCGCCCCCCCAACCAGCAGGACCGCCUCCAUCUCAGGUGUGACAUGUCCCUCGUCAGCCUCCUUCCCAGCGACACCACUGACUAAAGAAAACCAAGAUGGCGGCCACAACAAGGAGCAGGUGAAGCUGGUCACGCAGCUUGAGUCGUCCAUCCAGCCAAUCACAGAGUUGGAGGGAAGUGGUGAUGUCAUCAAUAACAUCACAGAAAAUGUGCAGUCCUCCUCCUCCCAGCCGGCCCUCCUCACCUCCACCCCCCGUCGGGAGGAGCCCUCUCCUCCUGACUCCCUCUGCUUCACCCCCUCUCGCCCCUCCUCCACCACCCAGACGCCAGAGGGAGGCUCCGCCCUCUCCGCUCAGAGCUCUGCCUCUCCGUACGAGCUCCUGUUUGAACUCGCUCUGCCGCGAGCCGCCGCGCUCUUCAUCGGGAGGAUGACUCAGGAAGUGCUGCAGAAAGCUGAGAAGGGAGGAGGAGUAGUAGGAGGAGGAGGAGGAGGAGGAGGAGAGGAGGAGCAGACCUCCAUCUCUCCUUUGGAGGUUCUGGAUCAGCUGAUUGUUCACGGACACGACGCCCAUCAACACCUGGGCAGGAGGUUGUCAGCAGUGAAUAAGUCCGUGGAUCGGAGUAAUUUUGGAGGUAAACAGCAGAGCAUGAAAACUAAAGGCCCCGCCCAGGGGGAGGAGCUUCAGUCACUGAGGAGUCAGCUGUUAUUGGUCCACAGUCAGCUGCAGUACGAGCGGUUCAAACGCCAGCAGCACGCCGUCAGGAACCGCCGUCUGCUGCGGAGAGUCAUCAACGGCACAGCAUUGGAGGAGCACGCUGUCGCCAUGAAGGGUCAGCUGAGCGUUCAGGACGAGGAGAUCCGCUCUCUGAAGUCCAGCCUGCAGGACGAACACAGACGACACACACACCUGCAGCACGACGCACACACACACACAACCCAGCUGCACACACACAACCAGCUGCUGCUGCUGCAGCAACAGGACGAGCAGAGAGACAAGCUGAGGCUCAAGAGCGAGCUCCAGGAGUGUCAGAACAGGUUAAGAGACCUGGAGGCGGAGCUUCAGAAGGCCAACAACAAGUCUUACAAUGCAGAACACCAGCUGACACAGCUGUCACUCAAGUUGUGUAGCAGUGAGCAGCUGCAGCAGCAGAUCUUCCUGUUGAACCAGCAGCUCGUUCUGCUGAGAGAAACUAACAAAGCUCUGAGUGAACAUCUGGAAGGAGGACACACACACCAGGACACGGAGGAGGCCAUGCUGCAGUGCAGUCUGGGUCAUGAGUUCCAGCGGCUGAAGGACAGUGACGUUCAGCAGAGACAGAAGCUGGAAGCAGCCAAUCACAGGACGGCAGAGCUGGAGGACCAGCUGGCCAAGAAGGACCAGCUGGUCCUGGACCAGAAAAAGCUCCUGGAGGACACCAAGACCCAGAGCAGAGGCGAGCUGGCGGCCUGUGAGAGCCGCUGUGAGGCUUUGAGGAGAGUCACCCAGACGCUUCAGACGGAGACGCUUCACCUGUACAGCCAGAUCCACCUGGAGGCGCACAGCCGGCCUCAGGACUUUAGGCCAAACAAUGCCAGCGUUGCUGUACCAGCUCCUCAGGGCCACAAGCCCCGCCCCUUCUCUUCUUCUGCUGGUAUAGUAAACGGAGCUGCGGCGACCUUCUCCACCUCCCCUCUGCACCUCCUCUGCUGCUCCUCCUCCCCCAUGAACCUCUUCUCCUGCUCCUCCUCCCCCCUGGCUGUCGGCUCCUUCCUGGAGCAGCGUGCACGGCAGCUGUUCAGACCGACCAAUCACAGCCAGGAGGAAGGGGAUGAAGAGGGGGAGGAGGAGGAUGGGGACGAGGAGAACGAGGAGCAGGAAGAAGAGGAGGAGGAGCAGAAGGCCCAGCCAGGUAGCCCUCCUCUGUGUCAAGAAGCAGAGAUCCUCCUUGCAGGGAGUCCUCAGCCGGAGCCCUCCAGCCGGACGCGAGUUCACAGCCAGACCUCCAGCCGGACCUCCUCUGGACCUCCAGCACCUCCUGCAGACCUGACGCUCGCUGUCCGGCAGAGGAGGCACGAGCUCAGCAUCAUGGAUUACGAUGAGACGCUGCACGAGUAGUGGGGGGGGGGGAUGAUGGUGUUGAGUCAGAUGGAGGUGGAGAUAAAGGCUUGGCUAACUAGUUCAGGACCUUCAGUCGCCUCCGAUAAGGAAAUCAUAAACCUUAUGAAAACUCAGUGAUCAUUAAAUAAAACAUUUAGGCUCUUUUAAUGUGAAGCUUGAGCAAACGGCUAACAUGCUAUGCUACGUGCUUUGUUUGAAGUUUAUUGAAUCAAUAAAUUCAGAAUAAAACUUUGUCCAAACUUU